UCACCAUGCGUCUCUGCUCCGCCGCUCUGCUCGCCGCAGCGGCCCUCACGGCCGGCGUGCCCGGCGUUGCGCCGUCGCCGCUGCGCCAGCAGGUGCUGCAGGCGCCGCCGAUGCACGGCGUCAAGUUCAACCCGCUCGAGCACAUGAGCGGCAUCGCGCCCUACCACGAUGCGCCCGGCGCCAACAUCAGCCCGCCGAAGGGCUGCCGCUCGCUCGCCAUGGCGCUGCUCAUCCGGCACAGCAGCAUUGUGGCCAACGACGAUGAGUGGGAGGACUACAUGGAGCCGUUCGUGCAGCGCCUCGAUGCACACCGGGCCGCCGGCGCCGCCCUGCCCGAGAGUGGGCGCCUGGCGUUCCUGCGCGAGUGGCAGAGCCCCAUCAACAAUGACAACCUGGAGCAGCUGACGCAGCCGGGCGCGCACGACGCCACAGUGCAGGGCCGCCGCCUGCGCAAGCUGCACCCGCACCUCUUCCCGCCGAUGGAGCUCGGCCGCCCCGGCGGCAAGGAGGCGCUGGCCGGCAAGGUCAAGACGCCGUUCAAGGUCUGGACGGCCUCGUCAGAGCGCGACAUCGAGACAUCCAAAGCGUGGAUCCGUGGCGCGUUCCCAGAGUGGCAGCGCGGAGACGAUGGCGAGGGCGACGGCAAGUUCCUCACGCUCGUGAAGGUUCCAAACAAGAACCCUGACUGGGGCGCGAGUCUCACGCCGCACAAGGUCUGCAAGGGCUUCAGCAAGGAGCCUGGAAAGCCCGAGGCGCAGCAGUGGCUCGAGACGUUCGGCCCGCGGCCGCUGGCGGCGCUGCGUGACAUGGCGCCCGAGUUCCCCUGGGAGCUCAACGAUGUGAUUGCGCUGGCGAUGCUCUGCGGAUACGAGUCGGUCAUCAAGGGCGUCGGCAAGACGGAGUUCUGCAGCGUGCUGCAGCCCGACGACUUCCGCGACUUUGGCUACUGGAACGACAUCAAAUAUCACCACUUCGUUGGCUACAAGAGCCCGAUGGCGCCGUACCUCGGCAUGCCAUGGCUCAACACCAGCCUGCACAACCUCGAGGCCGCGACCACUGGCAAGCACCCGCACCUGCAGAGCGGCGACGAGCCGGCGCCGAUCCCGCCGAACGCGACGCACACGCAGUUCCUGCUGCCGUACUUCACUCAUCGCGAGGAGCCGCCGGUGGUGAUCACCGCGCUGGGCCUGAUGAACCAGACGGCGCAGUACGACCUGCCGCUGGACCACAACCCGGCCGACCGCGUGUGGAAGACGAGCCACGUGCUGCCCUUCCUGGGCCACGUCGGCAUCGAACGUCUGACGUGCGAUGCCGGCUCCGAGGGCUCGGACUACAUCCGCGUCGUCAUCAAUGGCGCCGUGCAGCACCUCGAGCACUGCCAGAGUGGCCCGGGCAAGAGCUGCCCGAUGGAGCAAUACAAGGCGUUCGUCGCAGAGAGGAUGGAGCAGUACGGAGACAUCGAGGGCGCGUGCGGCGGCAUCAAGACCUGAGCGAGCCUCGGCGCGAGUCGUCCCGGCCACGCAGCACUAGAUGAUAGAGCAAGCAAAUAGACAAAUAUCAGAGUG